UUUGAACUGUGUCCUCUGCUCCUUCAGGCUUCCUGCUAGCAGCACCAUGAGGUCCGCCUGUCUCUCUCUACUCCUGGUCACCGCCUGCUGGGCUCUGCCAUUUCGCCAGUCUGGCUUUCUAGACUUCAUGAUGGAGGAUGAGCCAGGAUCGGGCCGGCCCGAUGUUCCAGAUGUUACAGUGCACACCGGCCCUAUUAGGCCUGAAGCACCAAGGUGUCCAUUCAGAUGCCAGUGUCACCUCCGUGUGAUCCAGUGCUCUGACCUCGGUCUCAAGUCCGUCCCUGAGGACAUUCCUGAUGACACCACCCUGCUAGACCUGCAGAACAACAAGAUCACAGAGAUCAAGGAGAACGACUUCAAGAACCUCAAAGGGCUGCACGCUCUGAUCCUGGUGAACAACAAAAUCACAGUUAUCCACGCCAAGGCCUUCAGCCCUCUGGCUAAGCUGCAGCGUCUCUACCUGUCCAAGAACAUGCUGAAGGACAUGCCAGCCAACAUGCCCAAGAGCCUGCAGGAGCUGCGCAUCCACGAGAACGCCAUCAGCAAGAUCAAAAAGUCCUCCUUCCAGGGCAUGUCCCAUGUCAUUGUCAUGGAGCUUGGAUCAAACCCUCUGAAGAGCGCUGGAAUCGAAGCCGGCGCUUUUGCCGACCUGAAACGGGUCUCUUACAUUCGCAUCGCCGACACCAACAUCUCAGAGAUCCCCAAAGGUCUGCCCAGCUCCCUGUCUGAGCUCCACCUGGAUGGAAACAAAAUCACUAAAGUGACAGCAGACAGACUCAAAGGCCUGAAGAACCUGGCUAAGCUGGGUCUGAGCUACAACGAGGUUAGCUCUGUGGAAAAUGGAACCCUGGCCAACAUCCCUCACCUGCGUGAGCUGCACCUGGACAACAACGCCCUGACCAGCGUUCCCCCCGGCCUGCCAGAUCACAAAUACAUCCAGGUGGUCUACCUCCAUGCCAACAAGAUUUCUGCUGUGGGAACAGGGGACUUCUGUCCUCCUGGCUUCAACACCAAGAAGGCCAUGUACUCAGGCAUCAGCCUCUUCAGCAACCCCGUGGCCUACUGGGAAGUCCAGCCCGUCACCUUCCGCUGCGUCUUCGACCGCUCCGCCAUCCAGCUGGGCAACUACAGGAAGAAGUAGNC